CUCUUCUCUCCCAUCAACACUCCCUCAUUAUGUCUCUCCCUCUGGCUCUUAUGGCAGGCUUCCUGCUGGGCCAUGCCUCGGCCAGUUCCUCCUCUGCCGUGGCCAGCAGCAGCCAUAUUUACCUUUCCUCUACCGUUACUUGUUACUCUCAGCUGGGAUUGACUUCGGUCGCUUCAAUUCCUACAACAAGCAUCACCCGCACCAUUUCGGAUACAAAUCCCGUGGUGGUGUAUACGACCGCCCAAGAUACGGUCACUGUGACUCCUGGCGCUAUCACAGUCACACUAACCGACUAUGAGACCGAUAUAGUCAUUUCCACUGCCUCAACUGUUACCGACACCUUCUCGACUACCUCAACCGAAUACGACACGACAACUGUUGUUGUCACCCCGGCGCCUGUCACAGCCACAGAGACAACCACGGUUGAUACGACUAUUAUCACCACCACUACUGUCCCUACCCCAGCCGGGUUCACGCCCGUUGCUGAUACGCUAUCGACAACGCUGGCCGUCACAAACGCCAAGAAGAAGCGCUCUCUCACGGAGGAGGAAGAGGAGGACACAUGCGGCGCGGUAGGGCCAUACGACUACCAGUAUGCCACCGCGGUUGAGUGUGUAGCCAAGGUCACUCUCCAUACCACUUCCACCUCGACUGUCACUGCCACGCCUGCUACGGCGACAGCUGCCACUCCCACCACCACAACCACAGACACUGCCACAAUCACCAGCACCUCGACAGUGGUGCCCGAUGUCUCGACGACGCUGAGUUAUAGCACCACCUCCACUCUUACAGAGACCAGUACCGCGGACCCCGAGACCAGCACACUGACGGUCACGGCGACCAGCACAACCGUGAGCACCACCUCUUACUAUGCCGCCUGUGCGACAAACAACAUUGCCGGCCUGCCGUUUAGCUCCGACUUUGGCGCCCUGGCAGGCGAGUAUAUCAACACCAUCGACUACCAGGGCAUCACCGGCGAAGAAUUCAAGGUGGCCUCUGGCGCGACGGCUUACGACUGCUGUGCCGCCUGUCAGGAGAACUCCAUCUGCAUCUUUUCCAUGUUCGAGGACAACUACUGCUACAGUAUCGAGACUAGCGACUGCUCUGCGUCGAAUUACGUCUAUGUCACCGUCGGUGCCGGUGAUUACGGCGUCACCCUGUCGAACGGUCUGUGUGGUGAAAUUGUCAUGUCCGCUGAUUGAUAAGAAGUGCUACUGUACUGGACUGUAGGUAGUAGAAUAUAUAGAAUAAUAUCGAUAUUUCUGUACAACAGAGAGUACUAAUAAGUACUGUGGAAUGUGCUGUGCC